CAACGAGGUUGCAAAGGAGAGGCCCGCCAAAUCGGCCCGCCUGCAAAGUGUUGCUUUGACACAUCCUUAUUAUGGAACUUUAGUGAAAAAACUCUGGACGUGGAGCUGCUACCCAGACGGAGACCGGGGGAAAGGAAACCAGUGGGCAGGCCAAUGUUUUUUUUCGGCAGCGCGCUGGCAAGUUUGUGGAACACUUUCUAGGAAUUAGGUCUUUUUCCUCUCCCGUCAUCUUCUUGACUUCUGAAGAACGAACUUGGCUUUGGAUUGCCAUGGAGCCUGAGGAGAGGGGGUUAGACACACUUGAAUAAUCCCUCCGGCUGGGCUGAAUUCGUGGGAAUUUAGGAAGCCACAGUGAGGAAAUACAGCAGCCUUGGGAGUGCUCUCUGUUAAUUUGGAUGGAUCCAAAUGUGCCCCAUUCAAGACCUCUCCACUAACCCAUUCUGAUCUUGCCAUUUGCUCUUCUUGACUUUAAUUAGCAGCUAGAAAAGUCUAAACUUUGGACCUACCUCUUUUUUUGAUACUUAUUUUUGUACUUUUGCUCUCUGGGAUUGGUUUCUUAAACAAUCUGGAUCCUUUUUAAUAUGUCAAAAUGAGUCGGCUGAUGUUUACACAACUACUGCUCUGUGGAUUUUUAUAUGUUCGGGUUGACGGAUCUCGUCUUCGCCAGGAAGACUUUCCCCCGCGGAUUGUGGAGCACCCUUCCGAUGUCAUUGUCUCCAAGGGAGAGCCCACCACGUUGAACUGUAAGGCCGAGGGCCGGCCAACGCCCACCAUUGAGUGGUACAAGGAUGGUGAGCGGGUGGAGACUGACAAGGAUGAUCCCCGGUCCCACAGGAUGCUUCUGCCCAGCGGAUCCUUAUUCUUCUUGCGCAUUGUGCAUGGGCGCAGAAGUAAACCUGAUGAAGGAAGCUACGUGUGUGUUGCAAGGAACUAUCUUGGCGAAGCAGUGAGUCGAAAUGCAUCUCUGGAAGUGGCAUUGUUACGAGAUGACUUCCGGCAAAAUCCCACAGAUGUUGUAGUGGCAGCCGGAGAGCCUGCAAUCCUGGAGUGCCAACCUCCCCGGGGACACCCAGAACCCACCAUCUACUGGAAAAAAGAUAAAAUUCGAAUUGAUGACAAGGAAGAAAGAAUAAGUAUCCGUGGUGGAAAACUAAUGAUCUCCAAUACCAGGAAAAGUGAUGCAGGGAUGUAUACCUGUGUUGGCACCAAUAUGGUGGGAGAAAGAGACAGUGAUCCAGCAGAGCUGACUGUCUUUGAACGACCCGCAUUUCUCAGGAGGCCAAUUAACCAGGUGGUGCUGGAGGAAGAAGCUGCAGAGUUUCGUUGUCAGGUCCAAGGAGAUCCUCAACCAACUGUGCGGUGGAAAAAGGAUGACGCAGACUUGCCAAGAGGAAGGUAUGACAUCAAAGAUGAUUACACACUGAGAAUUAAAAAGGCCAUGAGUACAGAUGAAGGCACAUAUAUGUGUAUUGCUGAGAAUCGGGUUGGAAAAGUGGAAGCUUCUGCUACCCUCACAGUCCGAGCUCGCCCUGUUGCUCCUCCACAGUUUGUGGUUAGGCCAAGAGAUCAGAUUGUUGCUCAAGGUCGUACAGUGACAUUUCCCUGUGAAACUAAAGGAAACCCACAGCCAGCAGUUUUUUGGCAAAAAGAAGGCAGCCAGAACCUGCUUUUCCCAAAUCAACCCCAACAGGCCAACAGCAGAUGUUCUGUGUCGCCAGCCGGGGACCUUACAAUUACCGACACUCAGCGCUCGGACGCGGGUUACUACAUCUGCCAGGCCCUAACCGUGGCAGGAAGCAUUUUAGCAAAAGCUCAGCUGGAAGUUACUGAUGUUUUGACAGAUAGACCUCCACCUAUAAUUCUACAAGGCCCAGCCAACCAAACGCUAGCAGUAGAUGGUACAGCAUUACUGAAAUGUAAAGCUACUGGUGACCCUCUUCCUGUAAUUAGCUGGCUAAAGGAGGGAUUUACUUUUCUGGGUAGAGAUCCAAGAGCAACUAUACAAGAACAAGGAACCUUGCAGAUUAAGAAUUUACGGAUUUCUGAUACUGGCACUUAUACUUGUGUGGCUACAAGUUCAAGUGGGGAGACUUCCUGGAGUGCUGUGCUGGAUGUGACAGAGUCUGGAGCAACAAUCAGUAAAAAUUAUGAUUUUAAUGACCUGCCUGGACCACCAUCCAAACCACAGGUCACUGAUGUUACUAAGAACAGUGUCACCUUGUCCUGGCAACCAGGUACCCCUGGAACCCUACCAGCAAGUGCAUAUAUCAUUGAGGCUUUCAGCCAAUCAGUGAGCAAUAGCUGGCAGACAGUGGCAAACCACGUAAAGACCACCCUCUAUACAGUGAGAGGACUGCGGCCCAAUACAAUCUAUUUAUUCAUGGUGAGAGCAAUCAACCCCCAAGGUCUCAGUGACCCAAGCGCUAUGUCAGAUCCUGUGCGCACACAAGAUAUCAGCCCACCAGCACAGGGAGUGGACCAUAGACAAGUCCAAAAAGAACUCGGCGACGUCCUUGUCCAUCUUCAUACUCCAGUUGUAUUGACUCCCACCACUGUUCAAGUCACGUGGACGGUUGAUCGCCAACCCCAGUUUAUUCAAGGCUACCGAGUGAUGUACCGUCAGACUUCAGGCCUGCAGGCUACAUCAACGUGGCAGAAUUUAGACGCUAAAGUCCCGACUGAGCGAAGUGCUGUCUUAGUCAAUCUGAAAAAGGGGGUGACUUAUGAAAUUAAAGUUCGACCAUAUUUUAAUGAGUUCCAAGGAAUGGACAGUGAAUCUAAAACAGUUCGUACUACUGAAGAAGCCCCAAGUGCCCCUCCACAAUCUGUCACUGUGCUGACUGUUGGAAGCCACAAUAGCACAAGUAUUAGUGUUUCCUGGGAUCCUCCUCCUCCUGAUCAUCAGAAUGGAAUUAUCCAAGAAUACAAGAUCUGGUGUCUGGGGAAUGAAACACGAUUCCACAUCAACAAAACUGUGGAUGCAGCCAUUCGAUCUGUAAUAAUUGGUGGAUUAUUCCCAGGUAUUCAAUACCGAGUAGAGGUUGCAGCUAGUACCAGUGCAGGAGUUGGAGUAAAAAGUGAGCCACAGCCAAUAAUAAUUGGGGGAAGGAAUGAAGUUGUCAUUACUGAAAACAAUAACAGCAUAACUGAGCAAAUCACUGAUGUUGUGAAGCAACCAGCUUUUAUAGCUGGUAUUGGUGGUGCCUGCUGGGUAAUUCUGAUGGGUUUUAGCAUCUGGUUGUAUUGGCGAAGAAAGAAGAGAAAGGGACUCAGUAAUUAUGCCGUUACAUUUCAAAGAGGAGAUGGAGGACUAAUGAGCAAUGGAAGCCGCCCAGGUCUUCUAAAUGCUGGUGAUCCCAGUUAUCCGUGGCUUGCUGAUUCAUGGCCAGCCACGAGCUUGCCAGUAAACAACAGCAGUAGUGGCCCAAAUGAGAUUGCGAAUUUUGGGCGUGGAGAUGUGCUGCCACCAGUUCCAGGCCAAGGGGAUAAAACGGCAACAAUGCUCUCAGAUGGAGCCAUUUAUAGCAGCAUUGACUUCACGACCAAAACCACUUACAACAGUUCCAGCCAAAUAACACAGGCUACUCCAUAUGCCACUACACAGAUAUUGCAUUCCAGCAGCAUACAUGAAUUGGCUGUCGAUCUGCCUGAUCCACAGUGGAAAAGCCCAAUUCAGCAAAAAACAGAUCUGAUGGGAUUUGGUUAUUCUCUACCUGAUCAGAACAAAGGUAACAAUGGUGGGAAAGGUGGAAAAAAGAAGAAAAAUAAAAACUCUUCUAAAGCACAGAAAAACAAUGGAUCAACCUGGGCCAGUGUUCCACUACCUCCUCCCCCAGUCCAGCCCCUUCCUGGUACAGAGUUGGAACACUAUGCAGUGGAACUGCAAGAAAAUGGCUAUGACAGUGAUAGCUGGUGCCCACCAUUACCAGUACAAACUUAUUUACACCAGGGUAUGGAAGAUGAACUCGAAGAAGAUGAUGAUCGUGUCCCAACACCUCCUGUCCGAGGCGUGGCUUCUUCCCCUGCUAUUUCCUUUGGACAGCAGUCCACUGCAACUCUAACUCCCUCCCCACGGGAAGAGAUGCAGCCCAUGCUGCAGGCUCACCUGGAUGAGUUGACAAGGGCCUAUCAGUUUGACAUAGCAAAGCAAACAUGGCAUGUUCAAAGCAAUAAUCAACCUCCGCAGCCCCCGGUUCCACCAUUAGGUUACAUGUCCGGAGCUUUGAUUUCCGAUUUGGAAACAGAUGUUCCAGAUGAUGAUGCUGAUGAUGAAGAGGAAGCUUUAGAAAUCCCCAGGCCCCUGAGAGCACUAGAACAGACGCCCGGAUCCAGUACGGACAAUCUAGACAGCUCUGUGACAGGCAAAGCCUUUACCUCCUCUCAAAGACCUCGACCAACCAGCCCAUUUUCUACUGACAGUAACACCAGUGCAGCCAUGAGUCAAAGUCAGAGGCCUCGGCCCACUAAAAAACACAAGGGAGGGCGAGUGGACCCACAACCAGCAUUGCCUCACCGAAGGGAAGGAAUGACAGAUGAUCUUCCACCACCACCAGAUCCCCCUCCCGGUCAGGGUUUAAGGCAGCAAAUAGGCCCGAGCCAGCAUGCUGGUAACGUGGAAAACUCAACAGAGAGAAAAGGAAGCUCUCUGGACAGACAGCAAGCAUCCAACUUAGAAGACACAAAGAGCUCUUUGGAUUGUCCAGCUAAAACAUCCCUAGAGUGGCAGCGACAAACCCAGGAAUGGAUAAACUCCACAGAACGCCAAGAAGACAUACGGAAAGCCCUCCACAAACAAGGUGUUGGACCAGAGGAGACCUUGGUGCCCUACAGCAAGCCCAGUUUCCCAUCUCCAGGGGGUCAUAGCUCAUCAGGAACGGCUUCUUCUAAGGGAUCCACUGGACCUAGGAAAGCCGAGGCAUUGAGGGGAAGCCACCAGCGCAAUGCCAGCGACCUUCUUGACAUAGGAUAUAUGGGCUCAAAUAGUCAAGGACAGUUUACAGGUGAAUUAUAGUAACUGAGAGGAGACAUGCAAAGCUGCUCUGAAGGACCAUCAGGUCUGAACUCAUGGAAGUGAUGACACUAGACAGUGCAAUGAACAAUUUCUAUUUAUGUACUAUUAACAGAACUGUAAAUGCAAUGUAAAGACACACAGCCACGCAUAUCCCACAGAUAUUUUACUUGUGUUCUUCUCUUAAGUACACCACCCACCUUAACUCUUUCUUGUCAGGAGUAUAUAAAAAAAGAAAGAAAACAAAGCUCGCCCUCCAGGAAGAAAAGGAUUUUCCUCUGUAUAUAAUUUCUUUCGUGCAUUGCUAUGCAAGCUCACCCUUUUUAGCUCUGUUCAUAUUA